CAGAUCGCGCACACCUAUCGCUACCAAGUGUGCAUCGCGAAUCGUGGUGGGGCCGGGCGAGCGAGCGGAGAGUUGGCAGGCCUGCCCGCUGACUACGUUCUCUCGCUCGUGGACUGUCAGAGUCCACAGUCCUAACUCGGCCUCAGGCUACGAUAGAUCGUAUCUUACGUCGGUUCGAUCUUGCCGCGAAUUCAUCUCGCGCGCGUCAGCCUUGUCCCUACGUCCUCAACUACGAUCCAACGACCUUCGAUCAUCACCGAAACUCACCGGUACCUUUUCUUCCACAGAGACUGUCGUCGGCCAACUUCCUUCCAAAACGGUCCUCUCCUCUCCUUUCGAGUGCUGGUGAACCCAAGAAUUCAAGGAUACCUCGCUGUUCCAAGGAUACCUUCCGCAGGAUACCUAGCUGCUGGGACCUAGGAGCAUUGAAUGAUGUGAGAAAACAAGAUGAUCUAGAAUCAAGGUAUCCUUACCACAACUGUUUGAAUAACUACGUCUUAUGCUUUCGAAACCACAGUGUUACUGAGGCUACGUCUGAUCAAAUAAAUCGUGAGUCAGAUUGAAAAAUGCAAAGAACACUGUUGCUGUUAUUCUUAACCCUCUUGAGUUAUUCAGAACUCACCAAUGGGCUCUGUCUGUUGGAAAAUGGCACUGUAGCCCAUUGCCACGAACUCGAAGACGUCAAAUACAUCGAGACCUAUGACCUUGAAACGCUUAGGGCUAGCGAGCAGAAUCCUGUCCUGCAUCGCGGUUUCUUCGUCAACUUGACCACUCUCCGGCACUUAGACCUCUCUGGAGGUAACCUGGAACGAAUAGAACCGGGAAGCUUCGACAAGCUGACGAAUUUGAGGAGUUUGAAUCUUGCUGAAAAUCACAUAGAACAUCUGGAAUUGGGCUCCGUAGACGGUUUGAAUCAUCUGCACAGUCUGAACCUUCGUAGAAACAGGCUUCAACACUUGCCGCCGGCUCUGGCUCGGCUGAAAGUUCUGAAACACCUUGACAUUCAGGGCAAUCCGUUGCAAUGUAACUGCGCUACGCUUAGGGUGAGAGAUCUGAUCGUGAAGAGAGGCGUGAAAAUCGCGAAGAAGGUCUCCUGCGCCGCGCCGAGUAACGUGAAAGGGACACCGUUGUUCAAAUUGGACACCACGCUGACAUGUCACCUCGAGGAGCAAGAUCGCGAAAUGCAAAAUGACCAGGCGUUCCAGAAUUCUGAGGAAGACUUCGGUUCCGGAGACUUAUCCGACAAAGAGGGGGAGGAGGAGGAGACGAGUGGGGAAUAUGUACAGGUAACCGAAGCUGUAAAGGAAUUGGAAAGUGAAACGCCAUUCCCAGAGGUGUCUACAUCCUCUACCGCUGAAGAAGCAGAAGUCCCGGCGCAAACAACGGAUUCUGUUACAAAGACAACCAGCAAGGACGAAGAGAUAUUUUUCGAUUCCGAGGAAAGGAAAUCCGUCACUGUCUCGCAGCCUGUAAAAGAGUAUAAAGACGCUCUGUUUCGACCGGUAGAAGGUUCCGGUGACGAUGAAGGUUCCGGAGAAGGUUCGGGAACAGAAAUGAUUUUCAACUGGAGGAAAACCGGCGUGGUAGAGGAGUCAGAAGAGAAAGAAGAGGAAUCGACCUCGGGCACUGGACUGUUAGAUCUCGUCCUCAGUGUAUUUAUGACCACGACAAAAGCUCCAGUCACGAAAGUGGAUCCUGAACUAGAGGAAGAACAAUUCAUCGACGCGUCUUCGACGAAAGGGGUCGAAGAGGAAGAAAUCGUACCUAAAAAGGUGGACUCGAAUGAAGCAGCACCAAGCAUCACCGAAAUACCGACUGAUGCUAACUCGUCGACUCCGGUUAACGGAGUUGAGCUAGUUGACAACGAGUUAUACGACAUGACGAAAUUAGGCAAAGUCAAAGCCGAAGACACGAGCGCCGAAAAGGACGAGGCGUCCCCGGCAAGGCAGUCGAAAAGAGGAAUGGGCUCUUACAUUGUCCUCGCUGCUCUGUUGGCAAUCCUGGCAACGCUCAUAGGGUUCGCAGCUUACAAGGGUGACUUUUGUAGGAAAAAGAGGAAACGCAGUGACGUUGAGAAUGGAACGGAGCUGAAGGACAUGCACAAGGCUUUAUUGGAAACUGCAAACUCAACGCAGCCGAAAAUAGCUUCGAACGGAAACGUGGAAAACGCUCCCUUCCUCGAAGAUGCCACAGACGAGAUAAAGGUUUCUAAUGAUCGCCAAGUCACGGCCGAUAUACCGAAAUCUCCAAACGGUACUUCUGAUCGCGCCGAACCGGUAAAACCAUCACGAUCAAACACCCCGCAGAACGAUCAAAGAACCAGAGAGCCAACUGCUCACGAUGGAAAUUCUCUGAAAGAUGAUUCAUUGUCUGCAAGGACGAAUUCCAUAGAUCCGGUAGCUAACAGCAGUCCCAUUGCUCGACUACCAGAGGUCAACCAACCUCCCUUAAGUCCCGGUGCUCAGAGAGUGAAGAUCACUUUGCAAGAAAAUCCUGACAGCGUACCAAGGACGCCUAUACUCAUCACAAGAACAACGGCUGGUGAGAAUCUAGUCAAGUCACCAUGAAGCUGACCCGAUGGGUGUUGUUCAGAUGAAAGUACGAAUGCAGAGUAUCAGAGAGUAAAGAGGAGAUCGGUGUGACCGUGUGUUCCGAUUUAUAGGAUUCAUAAUGCCGCCAGUGUUCCUAAAUCCACGCCUGAUGGCUCUUCACCGCGACGGAUUUUUACGACAAAGUGAGACAUAAUAAUACUAUCUCCGAAUUUGUGUUUUAAGUGUGAAAUGGAUUAUCUAUAGUGAAAGUCCACCUUUAUAGAGUACAGUUCAAUGACGACACGUUUAGUCGAGAGUAAUAGGAGGAAUGAGCGAUUCUGUGAAACGAGAUUGUACAUAUUUGCAAAUAAUAGUAUAUAUAUAUAUAAAAUUUCCGCUAUUUGUAUAAGGUUUGUGGAUGGUAAAUAUUUGAUACAUUUUAUAUACGUGUAUGCAAUAUUAGCACACUAGUCAGUUCUCUUAAGCAUUUUCCUGCUCGUGUAAACUUCCAUGGAAUUUCAUUGCGAGUUCCAUUAGAAUCCUCUGAACUCGACAUAUACCAUUAUUGUUUCAACAUAACGUUAAUGACGAUAUAUAUGUAACUGUAAGAGUAUACAUAUUUAACGCUGCAAUCUUCCUAACUGGUUGAAUAUAUAUUUUCACACGAUACCAUGUUUCUCGUUGAAUUGUUCUUGAGACGUACUAUAAUGUGCUGAUAGCAGACAAAUGUUUCCUUUCGUGAUACUAAACGUUCUUCUGGAAGAAAAUAUAAGAGUUUGACUUUCGCUAGCGAAACUUAACACUUAAUAAUAAUAAAAAAAAAUUAAUUUAUAUAAAGUCUAUAUUGUAUUGUAUUUAUAAUAAUCAUUCCAGAUUAAUCAUAUCAUCCCUUAUAAUAAUACUUAUCGUCGUGCGGACGAUGAUGAAUAAAAUAUCGACAUAAAAUAAGGUAAUAUAAUGUGAACGUAAUUUAUAGGUAGCAAUAAGCAGUAUAUUUCGUUCUGAGAUAGAGCUAUACCUUCAACAU